UAACGCUGUGUGUGUGUGUCCAGGCGGAGCUACGUGGGUGUUGAGCUGGUCCAGUGGCUGUGUGAGCAGUGUGUGUAUGUGCGCUGUCGGAGUAUGGCCGUGCGCGUCUGGCAAGUCCUACUGGAGCUGGGCAUCCUACUGUCUGUGGACCAGCGCGUGGUGUUUGGGGACUCUAACUCCUACUACCAGUUCAGCUUUGAGGAGUGUGAGUCUGCAGCCUGCGAGUUCUGCGGCCUGGAGAAGGAGGCGUGGCCAGAGGCUGUUAGGCUCCUCCUACAGCUCGUCCCAUACGUCCAGUUCAGAACUGGGUCUGAGGAGGACUCGGAGGGGAACAGAGAUGUCUGCGGGGACAGCUUUCUCCAGAUGAAAGCACUAGAGAGACUCACCUCCACGGUCCAGAAUGAGUUGGCUGCUGCUCUUGCCCGCAAGGCUCGCAAAGCCAUGGCAGAGCAGGGUGGCCAAGAGUCACCAGACUCCACCCCUCGACAGACACCCACACCCAACGAGGAGAACACCAUGCUAGGGGGGGUGUGUUCGCUCCGUGGCAACAUGGGGAGUGUGUGUGUGCGGCCGGACGGUGUGUGUGGCCGCGAGGAGCUGACGAGACUAGAGCUGGUCCAGAGACUGGCUAAGGAUGGCUGCAGACUGCUUCAGAACCCUAACUACAGAGUACCAGACCACCGCAACCCCAGCGGAGAGGCAGUAGGGAGGGUGUGUCUUAAGGAAAGGGGUCGGGACGUCCUUGUGCUACAGAGAGUGCCAUCAUCAGUGACAUCACCUAACCCCGCUUCCUCGCCAUCAUCAGUGACAUCACCUAGCCCCGCUUCCUCGCCAUCAGGGGGAGGGGCCAGAGAGGAGGACGGAGAGAAGAGGUAUGUGGUGGUGUCUGGAACACCCCUGAAGAUUCUAGAACACCUGCUGAGUGACCUACGACUGGAUGACCAGAGAGGAGCACCGGAGAGCAGAGUGUCUGAGCUGCUGCUGGAUGACUUCCUGUUGACAUACCUAGUGUUCAUGACGACCAACGACCUCUGUCAGGCCCUGCUCGGACACUACAGCAGUAAGCGUGUGCAUGGUCAAGGUCAGGAGGAUGGAAAGGAGGCCCUCUAUAGGAAGAGGAAAGUAUUACACCUAGUUGCUCACUGGACACGCCUAUAUAAGGACUUCCUACGAGAGGACGAACACAUCAAGGCAUUCAUGAAGACUCUCUCCAGGUGUGUGUUAGAGGAUCUUUAUGAGUUUCCGUCUCUGGAGAAAGACAUGAAGGAGUUCCAGAAGCUUCUACGACGUAGACACACAGUGGAUGAAUGUCCUCCACAACAAAAGAGUAAGCCUCUGUUCCAGCAGCUCAGUUUAAAGGAGAACAGUCUGCCACUCCGCUUCCCUCGGGCUGACACCAAAGAGGUGCUGUGUCGUGUGUAUGUGAGUGCUGACUCGUACCUGUGUGUUUACACACACUCUUUGCUGACCGUGGCAGAGCUGCUGAGGAUUGUCGGUCAGAAGAUGGACCGACCAGAGGAGGACAUGGUGCUGGUGACACACACACCUACUGGAGAAAGGAGGAUGUUACAGGCUGGUCAAUAUGUGUAUUCUGAGACUUUGACGCCACAGAGCAAACUGAUGGUCUGUCGGAGGGACCUCACACAUAUUAUGGCCCCUCUAACAGACAGUGAGCUGAGUAGGAGAACAGUGAGGUUGCUGGGUAUCAACACCUGGGAUAUGGCUGCUGUUCUCACACAACUGGACUGGAACCUCUUCAACUCCAUACACGAGCAGGAGUUGGUGUAUUCCACAAUGAGCUGUAGUACCGGAGGCAGCCACCGGGAGGGGCUAUCUGUAUUGCUGCAGCGCUGCAACGAGGUCCAGCAGUGGGUUAUGUCUGAGGUCCUGAUGUGUGUGUCACUCAACAAACGAGUCCAGCUGCUCAAGAAGUUCAUCAAGAUUGCAGCGCACUGUAAGGCCCAAAGGAACCUGAACUCAGCGUUUGCCAUCAUCAUGGGACUCAACACAGCAGCUGUCAGCAGACUCAACAUAACCUGGGAGAAAGUUCCGGGGAAAUUCAAGAAGAUCUUCUCUGAACUGGAGCUGAUCACAGACCCGUCUCUGAACCAUAAGGCCUACAGAGAUGCCUUCAAGAAGAUGAAGCCUCCUAAGAUCCCCUUCAUGCCCCUGCUGUUGAAAGACAUCACCUUUAUCCACGAGGGAAACAAAACCUUUCAGGACAACCUGGUCAACUUCCAGAAACUGCACAUGAUCGCCGACACAGUGCGUCUGAUUCGCCACUGCCAAAGCGACCAACUCGGUAACGAGGUGGUGGGGAGCGACAGUGCAGAGGUCAGGGCGAGCGUUCACUACCUCCACAUCAUCGACAAUCAACAGACACUGUUCCAACUGUCACACAAGCUGGAGCCUCGCGCCUGAACACACACUCUCCUAGAGGACCUUCACAGAAAAUACACUUUAUGUUGAAGGUGCCUUGCAAGCCACUGGCUCUUAGCCAAUCACAGUUCAGCAUCCUGAUUCAGCCAGCCAACCACAGAGCUGCACACUGAGACGGCUUCAGACUGAAAAUGUAUAUCUGUCAACCUGAUUCAGACUGUUUUUCUAUGAAGGUCAAACUUUGACGGACGACAAAGACCAAGGAGAAGACAGACGGCCAUUCGUUAUUGUUCUGUCAUGAAUAGUGUUUUUAAGCUAGUCUCCAGAGGAGUUUGUACAGUUACUGAGAUUGUGUGUUGUUUCUGGUCUUAAGUUAACAGUUUCAUUGUAUUAAUUAUCCUCAGUAGGGAAACAGUCAAGAGACUGCAGAUAGUAACUGUUAGUAUAUGACUGGAAAUCAUGCAGUAGACGUACAGGAGAUGUAUACUGUAUGUGUUCAGGCCACAUGGUGAGAUAUGCCUCUGGAUGACAGUGCCACGGAUGGGGGGGAGAUGUCCGGAUGGGGGGGGGGAUGCCAUAUACAGAUUACACACACAUCCCUUUUUAAAUUGUAUCUGUAGGAACCACAAAGUCCUCACCAUUUCUGGUCCUGUCAUACCACAACAUAAAGGUCCUAUUAUUACACAUUGUUAUUGGGCGUUAAUACCACGGUAUUAUAGAGAUUAUUAUUACAUUGUUAUUACACUUUUACUGACUGAAGAGCGAGAGAUAUGCUGUUUCAAUGCCUGUUACACACAGAUUUCACUAAGCAACAUUGCCUUGGUUCAAACCCAGUCAAUGCAUUCAACACUGAUCAAGUACAUCACUGUUAAGACCUGGUGUAUUCACACUGACUGAUCAAGUACAUCACUGUUAAGACCUGGUGUAUUCACACUGACUGAUCAAGUACAUCACUGUUAAGACCUGGUGUAUUCACACUGACUGAUCAAGUACAUCACUGUUAAGACCUGGUGUAUUCACACUGACUGAUCAAGUACAUCACUGUUAAGACCUGGUGUAUUCACACUGACUGAUCAAGUACAUCACUGUUAAGACCUGGUGUAUUCACACUGACUGAUCAAGUACAUCACUGUUAAGACCUGGUGUAUUCACACUGACUGAUCAAGUACAUCACUGUUAAGACCUGGUGUAUUCACACUGACUGAUCAAGUACAUCACUGUUAAGACCUGGUGUAUUCACACUGACUGAUCAAGUACAUCACUGUUAAGACCUGGUGUAUUCACACUGACUGAUCAAGUACAUCACAUGAAGCUACGGUACAGUGUUCAGGUGUGUAGAAGCAGGGCACUAGUGCUAUAUAACUAUUUAUUGUAAUAUUUAGUUUAUUUAUGUUUCUCUACAGAAUGUGACAGUCCUGUGUGCCAUAUCACACCAGAGCUGUAUAAAGACAGACCUCGGUAAAGAUUUGCAGGACAUAUGUGUAAAUACAUUGAACUGUGUCCAAAAAGGUUUGUUGGUUGAGCUGAAAUGCUGGAAUGUUUAAAACAGGAGACUAGGGAGUGGAGUUGGUCCAGUGAAUGUUACUGUCCUAUGUGAUUUCAUAAUGGAGGGAAAAGAGAAAAAAGACAAAUGAAGAAGAGACGGAGGGGUGUUGUUGUUUUCUUGCCAUGAUGAUGUAAAGUUCUGUUUUAAAGAAUGUUGUUGUUUGCAUGACGUGACAUCCCCACCAGAUCACAAUGCAAGAUGACACUAAGAGCGUGUCCAAAAUUGCAUCCUAUAUAGUGCAUUACUUUUGACCAGAGCUAUGUGGCCCUGGUCAAACGCAGUGCACUAUAUAGGGAAUAGGGAGCUCUGGUUAAAAGUAAUGCACUAUAUAAGCCAGGGAAUAGUGUGCCAUUUCAGAUUUGCUCUAAGGCUUUAUACCACUGUAAUAUUGUUGAUUUGUAAAUAUGCAUAAUGUUAUUAUGAUGUUUGAGAUGUUAUUAUUUCUCUGUUUUAAAGGUAGGCCUACAUUCCACAAUAGGAUGUCUUCAUACACAGCGGGAGAAAGAAAAGAGCAGUAUGUUCCCCGUCCCUAACUGCUGAAGCCACACGUCUUUUCUAAAGAGAGGUUUACUACGUCAAAGUUUUACUGGAGAAUAUGAAUAAAUUAUAGCUUUUAUGUCAUAUUAAACAUUGUGUCGAUGGUCA